AUGAUGGUGGCUCACCCUCGCCCCCUGUUGGUGAUGUUGCUGCAGCUGCUCCUCUCCUGCUUGCCCACCCUCGGCUACUCCUCCAACAGAUUCUUCUACCAAGACAUUCUCAACGGAAAUGGCAAUGGAGAGAGUAGGAGCAUACACUUAUGUUUUAUGAAUGAAGAGUUGAAAAUGAGUACAUGCCUUAGGUAGGGGCAAUGCAUCCACCUCCCAUGUAACAUACAUCUAAAUGUUUGUAAUUGAAAACGACAAUGAGCCUUUCUUAUUGAACAAGUCCAGGUAGUUCCUCCCUCUUUCAGUCCCUUGGUGCCUAAUGAACACGACCCAUAAAUGGCUUAUCAAUUCAACAUCUCAGAGGAGGUUGCACAGACCCAAAUGAAGUCGGACUAACUGCUGUUUCGUGUGUAUUCUCCCUUCUAGUCCACUUUAACGGUGUAAAGCUCCACGUGGACUCCUCCCAGCCCUCUGUGUUCGCUUUCCGGGGGAGUAACGCCACCCUAUCCUGCCGAUACUGGUACGAGCCAGAGUUGAGCUCCCCCAGGAGGGUGCGGGUGAAGUGGUCGUGGCUGCCCGUCGUGGGGGGCCAUGAGACGGACGUUCUGGUGGCCAUCGGGCCCCGCAUUCACAGCUUUGGGGAUUUCAGGUACUCUAGCUAUUCUUGAUGCAGACCCAUUCAUUCUAAAACCAUAUGAUCAUUUGUGUAUAUUGAGUGUUUGUGUUUCUAUUUCCAUACAGUAUUUCUUAAGCUCCUGCCUUAGAUUUUGAUACUUUAUAUUUCUAUACUGUAUUUCUUAUGCGCUCACCUUUAAUUGUUAUAAUUGUGUCACAAAUUCCUUGUAUUUCUUUUGCUGCAUUUUUUGUGAGCUGCGUUUUUGUGAAUUCAGGGCUUCCUCGCAAAAGAGAAACCUGUUGGAAAAUGGGAUUUCCCUGUAAAUAAAUAAAUAAAUAAAAAUAAGGCUUAGUUCACACUCGGCAGAGGUGGAAAAAGUACCCAAUUGUCAUACCUGAGUAAAAGUAAAGCUAUCUUAAUAGGAAAUGACUCAAGUAAAAUGUAAAGCCACCUAGUAAAAUACAUCCUGAGUAAAAGUCCAAAAGUAUCUGGUCUUAAAUGUACAUAAGUAUCAAAAGUCAAAUUAAAUGCUUUAAAUCAAUUUCCUUAUAUUAAUCAAAUCUGACAGUUAGAUUCUCUCUUAAAUGUACAGACAGCCAGGGGCACACUCCAAAACUCAGACACAAUUGACCAACGCAGCAUGAGUUUAGUCCACCAGAGCAGACACAGGGGGGUGAUGGUGUGUUAUCUUGAUAAGAGUGUGAAUUGGACCAUUUAGCUGUCCUGCCUGAGCAUUUCAAUGUAACAAGCACUUUGGGGUGUCAGGAAAAAUGUAUGGGAGUAAAAAGUAUAUACAGUGUAUUUUCUUUAGGAAUGUAGUGGAGUUAAAGUACAGAUGCCCCAAAAACUACGUAGGUAGUACUUCAAAGUAUUUUGAUUGAGUUACUUUACACCACUGACACUCUGGGCUGUAUAGAUGAGGAACAAUGCAUUUCACACAACUGCUGUGAUACAAUGGACAUUUUAGAGUUUGCCUGCACAAAAAUGUUUAUACAUCUGUUGAACACAUUGAAGAUAACAAAGUCAUCUAUUUAUCUCUCAGGGGCCGGGUGCGUCUCAGAGAGGACUCGCCAGGAGAUGCUUCGCUGGUCAUGACUGAACUCCAGCUCAAUGACACGGGACGUUACCGCUGUGAGGUCAUCGACGGGCUGGAGGACGAGAGCGCCACCGUCGAACUCGAGCUACGAGGUAAACUAUAUUAUAGUGCCGUGUAACAACUUCAUUUGUGAGUGAUCAUCCAGUCCCUCCCAUCACGACUGUAAUCACACACAUUAAAGGCGCAAUCUGCAAUAUUUACAGCUAUUAUGUGGUCAUUUAAAUGAAUGAUAUAUUAUAUAGCCUACCCAUUGAUUCUUGAAAAAUAUAAUGUAUGUGCUUAGUACUGUUCAACUGCCUUACCCCAUCUUAUUGAUCUCAUGUACUGUCAUGCACUACAUCUAUAGUUCCCUCUAUGAAUUUAAGUGUUACAUUGGUCCAGCCCCAUCCCUCAGCUUUAACUAAGUUAGGCUAACCAAGUAAGGCUGCUGUUUGGCUGACAAACAAAUGAAGGAUUGUGCCUUUAAAGUCAUUGCAUAUCCCUUGCUCCCCUCCAGGUGUGGUGUUUCCCUACCAGCCUCCUCACGGCCGCUACAACCUGACCUACCAUGAUGCCCAGCAAGUCUGUGGGGAGCAGGACUCCACUCUGGCCACCUUCGAGCAGCUGUUCCAGGCCUGGGAGGAGGGGCUGGACUGGUGCAACGCAGGCUGGCUGGCUGAUGGGACAGUGCAGUACCCCAUCACCAAGCCCCGGAGCCCCUGUGGGGGGCUGGGCCUCGCCCCCGGGGUUAGGAGCUACGGUAGACGCCACCGCCACCUCCACCGAUACGACGUCUUCUGUUUCUCCUCCUCCCUCCGAGGUGAGACACACUACACAGGCACACACACCAUACAGGUACACACACUAUACAGGCACACACACCAUACAGGUACACACACUACACAGGCACACACACCAUACAGGCACACACACUAUACAGGUACACACACUAUACAGGCACACACACUAUACAGGUACACACACUAUACAGGUACACACACUAUACAGGUACACACACUAUACAGGUACACACACUAUACAGGUACACACACUACACAGGCACACACACCAUACAGGUACACACACUACACAGGCACACACACCAUACAGGUACACACACUACACAGGCACACACACUACACAGGUACACACACUAUACAGGCACACACACUAUACAGGUACACACACUAUACAGGUACACACACUAUACAGGUACACACACUAUACAGGUACACACACUAUACAGGUACACACACUAUACAGGUACACACACUACACAGGCACACACACACUACACAGGCACACACACUAUACAGGCACACACACUAUACAGGUACACACACCAUACAGGUACACACACUAUACAGGAACACACACUAUACAGGCACACACACUAUACAGGUACACACACUAUACAGGUACACACACUAUACAGGCACACACACUAUACAGGUACACACCAUACAGGCACACACACUAUACAGGCACACACGCUAUACAGGUACACACACUAUACAGGCACACACACUAUACAGGCACACACACUAUACAGGUACACACACUAUACAGGCACACACACUAUACAGGUACACACACUAUACAGGUACACACACUAUACAGGCACACACACUAUACAGGCACACACACUAUACAGGCACACACACUAUACAGGUACACACACUACACAGGCACACACAUUAUACAGGUACACACACUACACAGGUACACACACACUAUACAGGUACACACUACACAGGUACACACACUAUACAGGCACACACACUAUACAGGUACACACACUAUACAGGCACACACACUAUACAGGCACACACACUAUACAGGUACACACACUACACAGGCACACACACUAUACAGGCACACACACUAUACAGGCACACACACUAUACAGGUACACACACUACACAGGCACACACACUAUACAGGCACACACACUAUACAGGCACACACACUAUACAGGCACACACACUAUACAGGCACACACACUAUACAGGCACACACACUAUACAGGCACACACACUAUAGAGGUACACACACUAUACAGGUACACACAUUAUACAGGUACACACACUACACAGGUACACACACUACACAGGCACACACAUUAUACAGGUACACACACUACACAGGUACACACACACUAUACAGGUACACACUACACAGGUACACACUACACAGGCACAGAUAUAGAGAUAGUUUACCCUACAACUAGAGUCAAGCACAGUACAUUCCAGUGCCUUGCAAAAUAUUAAUCCCCCUUGGCAUUUUUCCUAUUUUGUGGCAUUACAACCUGUAAUUUAAAUUGAUUUUCAUUUGGAUUUCAUGUAAUGGACAUACACAAAAUAGUCCAAAUUGGUGAAGUGAAAUGAAAAAAAUUACUUGUUUCAAAACAUUCAAAAAAAUUAAUAACGGAAAAGUGGUGCAUGCACAUGUAUUCACCCCCUUUGCUAUGAAGCCCUUAAAUAAGAUCUGGUGCAACCAAUUACCUUCAGAAGUCACAUAAUUAGUUAAAUAAAGUCCACAUGUGUGCAAUCUAAGUGUCACAUGAUCUGUCACAUGAUCUCAGUAUAUAUACACCUGUUCUGAAAGGCCCCAGAGUCUGCAACACCUUUAAGCAAGGGGAACCACCAAGCAAGCGGCACCAUGAAGACCAAGGAGCUCUCCAAACAGGUCAGGGACAAAGUUGUGGAGAAGUACAGAUCAGGGUUGGGUUAUAAAAAAAUAUCAGAAACUUUGAACAUCCCACGGAGCACCAUUAAAUCCAUUAUUUAAAAAAUUGAAAGAAUAUGGCACCACAACAAACCUGCCAAGAGAGGGCCGCCCAACAAAACUCACGGACCAGGCAAGGAGGGCAUUAAUCAGAGAGGCAACAAAGAGACCAAAGAUAACCCUGAAGGAGCUGCAAAGCUUCACAGCAGAGAUUGGAGUAUCUGUCCAUAGGACCACUUUAAGCCGUACACUCCACAGAGCUGGGCUUUACGGAAGAGUGGCCAGAAAAAAGCCAUUGCUUAAAAAAAAAAAUAAGCACACAUGUUUGGUGUUCUCCAAAAGGCAUUUGGGAGACUCCCCAAACAUAUGGAAGAAGGUACUCUGGUCAGAUGAGACUACAAUUGAGCUUUUUGGCCAUCAAGAAAAACGCAAUGUCUGGCGCAAACCCAACACCUCUCAUCACCCCAAGAACACCAUCCCCACAGUCUUUUUCAGUCUUCCAGAGAUUUGAGACUGGGACGGAGGUUCACCUUCCAGCAGGACAAUGACCCUAAGCAUACUGCUAAAGCAACACUUGAGUGGUUUAAGGGGAAAUAUUUAAAUGUCUUGGAAUGGCCUAGUCAAAGCCCAGACCUCAAUCCAAUUGAGAAUCUGUGGUAUGACUUAAAGAUUGCUGUACACCAGCGGAACCCAUCCAACUUGAAGGAGCUGGAGCAGUUUUGCCUUGAAGAGUGGGCAAAAAUCCCAGUGGCUAGAUGUGCCAAGCUUAUAGAGACAUACCCCAAGAGACUUGCAGCUGUAAAUGCUGCAAAAGGUGGCUCUACAAAGUAUUGACUUUGGGGGGGUGAAUAGUUAUGCACGCUCAAGUUUUCAGUUUUUUUCUCUUACUUCUUGUUUGUUUCACAAUAAAACAUAUUUUGCAUCUUCAAAGUGGUAGGCAUGUUGUGUAAAUCAAAUGAUACAACCCCCCCCAAAAAAUCAAUUUUAUUUCCAGGUUGUAAGGCAACAAAAUAGGAAAAAUGCCAAGGGGGGUGAAUACUUUCACAAGCCACUCUAUUGUGUACUGUCACGCCCUGACUCAGGGGACGUUUAUUUGUUGAGUCAGGGUGUGUAUAUUCCGUGUUGUGUUGUUUCUAUGGUGUAGUAUCUGGUAUGUCUAUUUCUAUGUUGGCCGGGGUGGUUCCCAAUCAGAGGCAGCUGUCGCUCGUUGUCUCUGAUUGGGGACCAUACUUAGGUAGCCUUUUGGCACCUGUUAGUUGUGGGAUCUUGUUCCGUAUAGGUUUGUUGUGUGUACCUUAAGACUUCACGUAUCGUUUGUUUGUUGUUUUGUCGUGUUUGCACAGUUGUAAUAAACAUGUACGCUUAUCACGCUGCGCCUUGGUCCGUCUCGUCCGUAAACGAUCGUGACAGAAGAUCCCACCAAACAAGGACCAAGCAGCGUGUCCAGGAGCAGACAGCCUGGACCUGGGAGGAGAUCCUGGACGGGAAGGGAUCCUGGACUUGGGAGGAGAUUCAGGCCGGAAUGGAUCGCCGUCCUUGGGAGGAGACAGUGGAGGCGCGCUAUAGAGAGGAGCAGCGGCAACGCAGAAGGUGCCGGCCGAGGAGGAAGCCCGAGAGACAGCCCCAAUAAAAAAAUUUGAGGGGGCUAAAAGGGUGGUUGGCGGAGCCUAGUGUUAGAGCAGAGCCAACUCCCCGUACUCAUGCAAGGAAGCGUGUGACUGGGCAGGCUGUCCGGGAAGGAGAGGGGAAGCAGCGCGCCGAGGUCCAGACCAAACCAGGGGCGCAACAGGAAGGUGGAGAGAAAGUGGUGGUCACGCCCGGAGCCGGAUCCGCCUCCGAGGCGGAAUGCCUACCCGGCCCCUACCCUGUUAUGUUUAUGUGGCGCGGUCGGAGUCCGCACCUUUGGGCGGGGGUACUGUCACGCCCUGACUCAGGGGACAUUUAUUUGUUGAGUCAGGGUGUGUAUAUUCCGUGUUUCUUUGUUUCUAUGGUGUAGUAUCUGGUAUGUCUAUUUCUAUGUUGGCCGGGGUGGUUCCCAAUCAGAGGCAGCUGUCGCUCGUUGUCUCUUAGGUAGCCUUUUGGCACCUGUUAGUUGUGGGAUCUUGUUCCGUAUAGGUUUGUUGUGUGUACCUUAAGACUUCACGUAUCGUUUGUUUGUUAUUUUGUCGUGUUUACACAGUUGUAAUAAACAUGUACGCUUAUCACGCUGCGCCUUGGUCCGUCUCGUCCGUAAACGAUCGUGACAUGUACAUUCUGUUAUAUGCAUUUGAAGACAUCUGCAAUUGACUCCUACUGUAACUUUCAUUUUGUGGUGAACUUUCAGUGAAUUGAUCACCUUAUACACCUCUGGUCUCUGCCAUGUCCUCUUCUCCAGGGAAGGUCUACUACCUCCAGCACCCCCACAAGCUCAACCUCACUGAGGCCCAGCAGGCGUGCUUCGACGACGGGGCCCAGAUAGCCAAGGUGGGCCAGCUCUACGCCGCCUGGAGGUUCAUGGGCCUGGACCGCUGUGACGCCGGAUGGCUCGCUGACGGGAGCCUGCGCUACCCCAUCACCAACCCCCGCCGCAACUGUGGCCCCAUGGAACCAGGGGUGCGCAGCUUUGGGUUUGCCCCACCACACCACAAGCACGGAGUGUACUGCUACAGUGCAGGUACGCGGUGCAUCUGAUAUACGUGGUAAAAGUACAUACUACCCUUAGGUCAUACCAUUUACAUCUCUCGUAGUAGGUAGGGGAACAAACCAAAAUCCACAAAUGAAUAGGUUGUUGACACGCAUAGAAAUUCAAGAUGCUAUGGUGAGAAGGCUGUGUUAUGAUGUAAAGUGGUGGUAUGGUGUGUGAGGGCCUCUACUGUGGUCAAGGCUUGACAAAAAAUAAUAAUACUGGGAUACGAUACCCUGUUGGUUAUGUUUCAGGGUUAUAGUCCUCCCUAGUCUGUCAGCCUCCCUUGUGAUUUAGACAAGCAGGUUAGCAACACCAUGGUGAACAACAUGAGUGUUCCACACAGGGUUAGCCACUCACUGUAACAAAAGGAACAUUUUGUUCAAUGACUUCUCCCUGGAUUGGGAUGUCCUUGCUCUUUAUGUUAAAGGGUAUAUUUUUUUACAGAUUUUUUACCUCAUAUCCAUUAUAUCUAGCACCAUAACAGUCUACAAAUGUGAAAAUGGCACGUUUCUAUGUUUUGUAGUCAAAAAGAUGGAAGAAAAGGUUGUAAGAAAAUUACUCCCAGUGAUGUCAUCUGUAAUUUUCAAAUAUACAAUGACUUUCCAGUCUUCGAAAAUCAUUGUUUUAAUUUGAAAAUGACAUCAACGGGGGUAAUUUCCUCAGAACCUUUUCUUCUAACUUGUUGACUACAAAAACAUUUUCACAUAUGCAGACACUCGUAUGGUGCUGGAUGUAAUGAAUAUGAGGUUAAACUGUGAAGUGUUCCUUGAAUUACUCUGACUGAUCCUCUAAUGUCAUGUAUGAAUAUUAUACUUAAUAAUAAUAAUAUUAAUAUUUUUGACCAAUAAUUCUGGACCCACCUAAAUCUUGCUGUAGCCUAUAAUGUGAUCCAUCACUAAGUAUGAAUGAACCUGUAUUUAAACUCUGACCUCAGCUUCAACUGCAAUAUUAUACAUAUUGUUAUUUAUACUUCAUGUAUUGUAUUUAUCUACUGUACUCUCUUUGUAAACAUAUUUGUGUAUGACAUAGGAGCUGAGCUCAGAAUUAAUAACUAAUUAAUUGAUUAUCAAAGAAAACCAGUACUGUGAUGAUUUAUAAGCUGUUAUUAUGUUUAUCUCGAAAGCAAGUACUUAUCUUUCAUACUGUAUGGCCUGUACCUCACUUGGUUGGUUGGUUUGAUUAUGUAGGUGGUGGGUUUUAACAUGGUUUUAGAUGAUAACAGACACAUAUACUAACUUAUUUUUGUAAAAUAAAUAGUCAACAUUUUGAUUAAUGUGUUAAUGAUUUUGCUUACUUUGAAGGCAUGCUUGGUUUGUUUGUGUUUUUAUAACAUUCAGUUCAAUUCAAACAUUAAUUAAAUCCUUGCACAUGUACCAGGCUUCACUGUGCUGCAUAGCAGUGUUGCUUCCUCGCUCACAACAUCCUUACCAGUACUUGAUCUUGUGCCCUCUGCCUCGCCAACACACGUGCCCACCCUGCCUGACAACGUACUAACCAGUUGCGCCACUAAAAAAAUAUCAAAUUCAAUGGCACUAUUGGCGACAUUUCAAGCUGCGGAUUGAGUUUACAGCAUGGUCUUAUCUCCGUUACACUGGUGGGAGGAGCUAUAGGAGGACGGGCUCAUUGUAAUGUCUGACUCACACACAACCCUAACAAUUUCUGGGUCUGAAACCUUUGUGGAAUGUUAUGUUUUACUGUUCUCCUUACAUGAAAGUGUCCCGUUUUUUGUGAGUUUCGGCAAUGUUUCAUUUAUGUCAAUGAGCACAUCACCAGAUUAUAAUUAGCAUGUUUUGCCGUGAAGUUUUUAACAGGUUCAGAAAAACAUAAAGGCUGGGAUUCAAUCCAUUCAUGGGUUAUGUCUAUUGGGCAUAUGUUAAGGCAAAGUUCCCUCGUUCGCGAAGACCCCAUUCACGGUAAACACUGCAUAUGUCGGCUCAAUAAGAAAUUGCCUUUAAAAAGCACCUAUGCCUAUUACCCAGGAUAGGAUCCUGGUCUAACACUUAGUGUCCUGCUCUACUUCUGCCUCCAUCUGUUCAAGCAUUGCAACACUGCUAUUAACAACAUUGAAUACAUGAUUACACUGCGGCUGCGCAUCUUCACUCAUACGCUACUCACUUUUCAAUGUUAACUCCCCCGGGAUUUGAAUUUGCAACCUCAAAUAAAACAGAAUUGUAUUUGUCACAUAAUCUGAAUACAACAGGUGUAGACCUUAACGUGAAAUGCUUACUUACGGGCCCUUAACCAACAAUGCAGAGUUUUUAAAAAAGUAAGUAAGAAACAUUUGCUCAAUAAACUAAAGGAACAAUAGUAACACAAUAAAAGAACAAUAACAAGGCUGUAUACAAGGGGUAUCGGUACCGAGUCAAUGUGCAGGGGUACGGGGUAGUUGAAGUAAUUGAGGUAAUAUGUACAUGUAGCUAGGGGUAAAGUGACUACACAUAGAUAAUAAACAGAGAGCAGUAGCAGCGUAUGUGAAGUGUGUGUGUGGGGGGGGGGGGACAAGAAGUCCCCACAAGAAUAGUAAACCAAGAGAAAAAUGACCAACUGGGGACAUUUUGUUGGUCCUCACGAGGUCACAUGCUAUUUCUAGGGAGUGUAUGUUUAAGGUUAGAAUUAGUGUUAGGGUUAGAAUUAGGGUUAGGGUUAGGAGAUCGGGAUAGUUUUAGGUUUAGGAUUAAGGUUAGGUUUUUGAGUUAGGGUUAAGGUUAAGGUUAAGGUUAAGGUUAAGGUUAGGGUUAGGGUAAGGGUACGGGUACGGGUUAGGGUUAGGUUUAGGGUUAGUGGUUAGGGAAAAUAGUAUUUUCAAUGGAACUGAAUUGUAUGUCCCCACAAGGUUAGCUGUACAAGAUUGUGUGUGUGUGUGUUGGAGUGUCAGUGUAGUAGUAUGUGUGAGUGUGAGGUUAGAGUCUUGGCCGGGAGUGCGUUGAUGUUUCUGCAGUGCCACCAGGUCUUCAGCUUCAGACCUGGUUUGUGUUUGAAUUCUUCAAUCUUGAUUAUUCUCUUGAACUAAAUAAUGUUCUCAUGAGCUGGGAAUUUUGUUUGAAAUGUCAGAUAAAGCAUCUGUGGCUGAUACUGUUAUCACACUUCUGCAUACAUAGUUUUUUGUGUACAGGAAAUGCUAUUAUCAUGCACAUAUGAGCUAGUAACAUAGCAUAGCGUAUGUUGUAUAACAUAAUAGAUGAGCAUAGCUAUUCAUAGUUGGCAUUCACUGGUUGAGGUUGAAACACCUUUUGAGUGUAAUGGAGUUCACUGGUGACAAUGACAUAAAUAUAUUCAUCACAACAUUCGGACAGGAGCUAUAAUCCAGUUAUAACGCUUUUUCAAAUGUUAUAUAUGUGUAUAUACAGUUGAAGUCGGAUGUUUACAUACACCUUAGCCAAAUAAAUUUAAACUCAGUUUUUCACAAUUCCUGACAUUUAAUCCUAGUAAAGAUUCACUGUCUUAGGUCAGUCAGGAUCACCACUUUAUUUUAAGAAUGUGAAAUGUCAGAAUAAUAGUAGAGAGAAUGAUUUAUUUCAGCUUUUAUUUAUUUCAUCACAUUCCCAGUGGGUCAGAAGUUUACAUACACUCAAUUUGUAUUUGGUAGCAUUGCCUUUAAAUUGUUUAACUUGGGUCAAACGUUUCGGGUAGCCUUCUACAAGCUUCCCACAAUAAGUUGGGUGAAUUCUGGCCCAUUCCUCCUGACAGAGCUGGUGUAACUGAGUCAGGUUUAUAGGCCUCCUUGCUCACACACGCUUUUUCAGUACUGCCCACACAUUUUCUAUAGGCUUGAAGUCAGGGCUUUGUGAUGGCCACUCCAAUACCUUGACUUUGUUGUCCUUAAGCCAUUUUGCCACAACUUUGGAAGUAUGCUUGGGGUCAUUGUCCAUUUGGAAGACCCAUUUGCGACCAAGCUUUAACUUCCUGACUGAUGUCUUGAGAUGUUGCUUCAAUAUAUCCACAUAAUUGUCCUUCCUCAUGAUGCCAUCUAUUUUGUGAAGUGCACCAGUCCCUCCUGCAGCAAAGCACCCCCACAGCAUGAUGCUGCCACCCCCGUGCUUCACGGUUGGGAUGGUGUUCUUCGGCUUGCAAGCAUCCCCCUUUUUCCUCCAAACAUACAAUGGUCAUUAUGGCCAAACAGUUCUAUUUUUGUUUCAUCAGACCAGAGGACAUUUCUCCAAAAAGUACGAUCUUUGUCCCCAUGUGCAGUUGCAAACCGUAGUCUGGCUUUUUUAUGGCGGUUUUGGAGCAGUGGCUUCUUCCUUGCUGAGCGGCCUUUCAGGUUAUGUCGAUAUAAGACUCUUUUUACUGUGGAUAUAGAUACUUUUGUACCUGUUUCCUCCAGCAUCUUCACAAGGUCCUUUGCUGUUGUUCUGGGAUUUAUUUAUUUUGAUUUUCCCAUGAUGUCAAGCAAAGAGGCACUGCGUUUGAAGGUAGGCCUUGAAAUAAAUCCACAGGUACACCUCCAAUUGACUCAAAUGAUGUCAAUUAGCCUAUCAGAAGCUUCUAAAGCCAUAACAUCAUUUUCUGGAAUUUUCCAAGCUGUUUAAAAGCACAGUCAACUUAGUGUAUGUAAACUUCUGACCCACUGGAAUUGUAAUACAGUGAAUUAUAAGUGAAAUAAUAAUAAUAAUAAUAAUAAUAAUCUGUCUGUAAACAAUUGUUGGAAAAAUUACUUGUGUCAUGCACAAAGUAGAUGUCCUAACUGACUUGCCAAAACUAUAGUUUGUUAACAAGAAAUUUGUGGAGUGGUUGAAAAACAGGUUUUAAUGACUCCAACCUAAGUGUAUGUAAACCUCAGACUUCAACUGUACACUAAAAUAAAAAAAAGGGAACACUAAAAUAACACAUCCUAGAUCUGAAUGAAUGAAAUAAUCUCAUUAAAUACUUUUUUCUUUACAUAGUUGAAUGUGCUGACAACAAAAUCACACAAAAAUGAUCAAUGGAAAUCAAAUGUAUCAACCCAUGGAGGUCUGGAUUUGGAGUCACCCUCAAAAUUAAAGUGGAAAACCACACUACAGGCUGAUCCAACUUUGAUGUAAUGUGCUUAAAACAAGUCAAAAUGAGGCUCAGUAGUGUGUGUGGCCUCCACGUGCCUGUAUGACCUCCCUACAACGCCUGGGCAUGCUCCUGAUGAGGUGGCGGAUGGUCUCCUGAGGGAUCUCCUCCCAGACCUGGACUAAAGCAUCCACCAACUCCUGGACAGUCUGUGGUGCAACGUGGCGUUGGUGGAUGGAGCGAGACAUGAUGUCCCAGAUGUGCUCAAUUGGAUUCAGGUCUGGGGAACGGGCGGGCCAGUCCAUAGCAUCAAUGCCUUCCUCUUGCAGGAACUGCUGACACACUCCAGCCACAUGAGGUCUAGCAUUGUCUUGCAUUAGGAGGAACCCAGGGCCAACCGCACCAGCAUAUGGUCUCACAAGGGGUCUGAGGAUCUCAUCUCGGUACCUAAUGGCAGUCAGGCUACCUCUGGCGAGCACAUGGAGGGCUGUGCGGCCCCCCAAAGAAAUGCCACCCCACACCAGCAGGCAGCAGAACGUUCUCCACGGCGUCUCCAGACUCUGUCACGUCUGUCACGUGCUCAGUAUGAACCUGCUUUAAUCUGUGAAGAGCACAGGGCGCCAGUGGCGAAUUUGCCAAUCUUGGUGUUCUCUGGCAAAUGCCAAACGUCCUGCACGGUGUUGGGCUGUAAGCACAACCCCGACCUGUGGACGUCGGGCUCUCAUACCACCCUCAUGGAGUCUGUUUCUGAUCGUUUGAGCAGACACAUGCACAUUUGUGGCCUGCUGGAGGUCAUUUUGCAGGGCUCUGGCAGUGCUCCUGCUGCUCCUCCUUGCACAAAGGCGGAGGUAGCAGUCCUGCUGCUGGGUUGUUGCCCUCCUACAGCCUCCUCCACGUCUCCUGAUGUACUGGCCUGUCUCCUGGUAGCGCCUCCAUGCUCUGGACGCUACGCUGACAGACACAGCAAACCUUCUUGCCACAGCUCGCAUUGAUGUGCCGUCCUGGAUGAGCUGCACUACCUGAGCCACUUGUGUGGGUUGUAGACUCCGUCUCAUGCUACCACUAGAGUGAAAGCACCGCCAGUAUUCAAAAGUGACCAAAACAUCAGCCAGGAAGCAUAGGAACUGAGAAGUGGUCUGUGUUCACCACCUGCAAAACCAGUCCUUUAUUGGGGGUGUCUUGCUAAUUCCCUAUAAUUUCCACCUGUUGUCUAUUCCAUUUGCACAACAGCAUGUGAAAUGUAUUGUCAAUCAGUGUUGCUUCCUAAGUGGACAGUUUGAUUUCACAGAAGUGUGAUUGACUUGGAGUUACUUUUUUGAGCAGUGUAUAUACAUACAGUUGAAGUCGGAAGUUAAAGCUUGGUCGCAAAUGGGUCUUCCAAAUGGACAAUGACCCCAAGCAUACUUCCAAAGUUGUGGCAAAAUGGCUUAAGGACAACAAAGUCAAGGUAUUGGAGUGGCCAUCACAAAGCCCUGACCUCAAUCCUAUAGAAAAUGUGUGGGCAGAACUGAAAAAGCGUGUGCGAGCAAGGAGGCCUACAAACCUGACUCAGUUACACCAGCUCUGUCAGGAGGAAUGGGCCAAAAUUCACCCAACUUAUUGUGGGAAGCUUGUGGAAGGCUACCUGAAACGUUUGACCCAAGUUAAACAAUUUAAAGGCAAUGCUACCAAAUACAAAUUGAGUGUAUGUAAACUUCUGACCCACUGGGAAUGUGAUGAAAUAAAUCAAAGCUGAAAUAAAUCAUUCUCUCUACUAUUAUUCUGACAUUUCACAUUCUUAAAAUAAAGUGGUGAUCCUAACUGACCUGAGACAGGGCAUUUUUACUAGGAUUAAAUGUCAGGAAUUGUGAAAAAAAAAACUGAGUUUAAAUGUAUUUGGCUAAGGUGUAUGUAAACUUCCGACUUCACCUGUAUAUAUAUAUAUAAACAGUACCAGUCAAAAGUUUCACUGUUUUGGUUACUACAUGAUUCCAUUUGUGUUAUUUCAUAGUUUUGAUGUCUUCACUAUUAUUCUACAAUGUAGAAUAUAGUAAAAAUAAAGAAAAACACUUGAAUGAGUAGGUGUGUCCAAACUUUUGACUGGUAGUGCAUAUGUAUGUGUAUAUAUGUACAUGUGUCUUUAUUACUUGAAUUCAGGCUAAUUUGAACCGUUUUCUAUGGCAAUAGUUUGGUCUGUACCCCAGUUCCAGAAUGUUAUUUGAAAACCCUGGAUAAGUAUCAAUGGUGGUGUUCAUGCCUGACCACAUACUGUAGGAGACGCAUGCCAGAUCUCGCCUGGAUAGGUGUUUAACAGAUGAGCUAACCAGAUCAAAUGAUAUAGCUUAACAAAAUGUGACGUUUCAUGCCGUUCACGUGGGGAUGUAAAAAUCUGCUGUUGGCGCCUAUUCAAAUUAGCCCACGCUUGCCUUGUUAAAUCUUGUUCGUUCUCUUACACUAAAUACCAUGACUGUUUUCUCAUUAGCUGGGAAUGUUUGAAAUGUCCAAUAAUUUUGCUGAUAUCGAUAUCAACCUACUCCAAAUCCUUUAGAAAUGUACAUUUUUGUGUGCAUGGUAUGCUAUUAGCAUGCUAACACUCAUUAAGACAGACUGAUAGCAUAGCUAGCCAUCGCAAUCAUUCACUGGUUGAAGUUGAAGUUACUUUGAUUGUAAUGGAGUUGACUGGUGACUAUGAUAUUCAUUCAUUCACAACAUUUGGACAGGAGCUAUAAUGCAGUUAUAACACAAUAUAUUUUUUUUAUUAUGUGUGUCGUUAUUGCUUGAAUUCAGGGUAAGUUUAACUGUUUUUUCAAUGUGGAAAGAUUGAUGCAUACCGCAGUUCCGGAAUUUCAGUUGAAACUCCCAGAUCAGUAGUGAUAAGCCAUAGGGCGCGUUCUAUUGGUAAGGCUAAAGCAACUGACUAUAGACGAAAGUUGGCGAGUGAAGUCGUGGGAGGUGCAUCUGCACAGCAGAAAGUCAGACGCUGUUAUGAUUUUCCAACAGCAAGGCUCAGAUCAACAUGGCAGUGUUGCCAUUGUUUAUAAAAGUUUUCUUUAUAAUGUCGAAAUUAACAUGUCUCCAACCCCCAUAUCAUACAUUCACAAACUGAAAUCGUAUGUGUAUACAUUGUACAAUCAAUUAGUGAGGGAGAGCCUCAAAUAACCCCUUCAUUUGUAAACAGUGCAUUCUGAAAGUAUUCAGAGCUCCUUCCUUUUUCCACAUUUUGUUACGUUACAGACAUAUUCUAAAAUUGAUUAAAUAAAACAUUUUCCUCAUCAAUAUACACACAAUACACCAUAAUGACAAAGUGAAAAGAGGUUUUCAGACAUCUUUGCACAUUUAUUAAAGAUAAAAAACAGAAAUACCUUAUUUCCAUAAGUAUUCAGACCAUUUGCUAUGAGACUCGAAAUUGAGCUCAGGUGCAUCCUGUUUCCAUUGAUCAUCCUUGAGAUGUUUCUACAACUUAAUUGGAGUCCACCUGUGGUAAAUUCAAUUGAUUGGACAUGAUUUGGAAAGGCACACACCUGUCUAUAUAAGGUCCCACAGUUGACAGUGCAUGUCAGAGCAAAAACCAAGCCAUGAGUUCAAAGGAAUUGUCUGUAUAGCUCCGAGACAGGAUUGUGUCCAGGCACAGAUCUGGGGAAGGGUACCAAAAAAUGUCUGCAGCAUGGAAGGUCCCCAAGAACACAGUGGCCUCCAUGAUUCUUAAAUGGAAGAAGUUUGGAACCACCAAGACUCUUCCUAGAGCUGGCCAAACUGAGCAAUCUGAGGGAGAAGGGCAUUGGUCAGGGAGGUGACCAAGAACCCGAUGGUCACUCUGACAGAGCUCCAUAGUUCCUCUGUGGAGAUGGGAGAAUCUUCCAGAAGGAAAACAUCUCUGUAGCACUCCACCAAUCAGGCCUUAAUGGCAGAGUGGCCAGACGGAAGCCACUCCUCAGUAAAAGGCACAUGACAGCCCCCUUGGAGUUUGCCAAAAGGCACCUAAAGGACUCUCAGACCAUGAAAGAUGAACAGAGCAAAGUACAGAGAGAUCCUUGAUGAAAACCUGCUCCAGAGCGUUCAGGACCUCAGACUGGGGCGAAGGUUCACCUUCCAACAGGACAACGAUCCUAAGCACACAGCCAAGACAACGCAGGAGUGGCUUCGGGACAAACCUCUGAAUGUCCUUGAGUGGCCCAGCCAGAGCCCGGACUUGAAACCAAUCGAACAUCUCUGGAAAGACCUAAAAAUAGUUGUGCAGCGACGCUCCCCAUCCAACCUGACAGAGCUUGAGUGGAUCUGCAGAGAAGAAUGGGAGAAACUUCCCAAAUACACGUGUGUCAAGCUUGUAGCGUCAUACCCAAAAAGACUUGAGGCUGUAAUCGCUGCCAAAGGUACUUCAACAAAGUAUUGAGUAAAGGGUCUGAAUACAUAUGUAAAUGUAAUAUACAACUGCCUUACCCCAUCACAAACCCCAAAUAUAAUGUUGUUUACGCUAUUGUUUGUAAAGCUUCUAAACAUGGUUAAAACUAUCAUUUAGAUCUCAUGGACUGUCUGCCUUUGCACCAUGUGGUUAAUUUUCUUCCAGCCCUAUCCCUCAGCUUUAUUGCAAUUCCAGUGGCAGGGCUGUUGUUUGGAUGAAUUACAUUACAGUCAUUGCAUAUCCCUUGCUCCCCUCCCCUCCAGUUGUGGUGUUUCCCUACCAGUCUCCUCACGGCCGCUACAACCUGACCUACCAUGAUGCCCAGCAAGUCUGCGAGGAGCAGGACUCCACUCUGGCCACCUUCGAGCAGCUGUUGCAGGCCUGGGAGGAGGGUCUGAACUGGUGCAACGCAGGCUGGCUGGCUGACGGGACAGUGCAGUACCCCAUCACCAAGCCCCGGAGCCCCUGUGGGGGGCUGGGCCUCGCCCCCGGGGUAAGGAGUUAUGGUAGACGCCACCGCCACCUCCACCGCUACGACGUCUUCUGCUCCUCCUCCCCCCUCCGAGGUGAGACACUUUUCUACUUCUGAACAUUCCAUGGGGAAGAUACACACUGUGUAAUUAGAUUAUACACUCUCAGAUAAACACUGUGUAAUCAGUUGAUACAAUCUCAGAUAAACAUGGUGUAAUUAGAUGAAACAAUCUCAGAUAAACACUGUGUAAUUAAAUGAUACAAUCUCAGAUAAACACUGUGUAAUUAGAUUAUUCAAUCUCAGAAAAACACUGUAAUUAGAUGAUACAAUCUAAGAUAAACACUGUGUAAUUAGAUGAUACAACCUCAGAUAAACACUGUGUAAUUAGAUGAUACAAUCUCAGAUAAACACUAUGUAAUUAGAUGAUACACUCUCAGAUUAACACUGUUUAAUUAGAUGACACACUCCUAGAUAAACACUGUGUAAUUAGAUUAUACACUUAAGCAGUAAGGCCCGAGGAGGUGUGGUAUAUUUACAUUUACAUUACAUUUUAGUCAUUUAGCAGACGCUCUUAUCCAGAGCGACUUACAGUUAGUGAAUGCAUACAUUAUUUUUUUUCCUACCCCCUGUGGGAAUCGAACCCACAACCCUGGCGUUGCAAACGCCAUGGGACAAAUACCACGGCUCAGGGCUGUUCUUAGGCACGACGCAACCCCCGAGGUGCUUUAUUGCUAUUAUAAACUGGUUACCAAUAUAAUUAGAGCAGUAAAAAUAAAUGUUUUGUCAUACCCGUGGUAUAAGGUCUGAUAUACCACGACUGUCAGCCAAUCAGCAUUCAGGGCUCGAACCAGCCAGUUUAUUAUCUCAGAUAUACACUGUGUAAUUAGAUGUGUACACAAUUAGAAAAAAGGGUUCCAAAAGGGUUCUUCGGCUGUCCCUGUAGGAGAACUCUUUUUAGUUCCAGGUAGAACCAUUUUUGGUUCCACAUAGAACCCUUUUGGGUUCCAUGUCGAAUCCUCUGUGGAAAGGGUUCUACAUGGAACCCAACAGGAUUCUUCAAAGGGUUCUCCUAUGUGGUCAGCCGAAGAACCCUUUAAGGUUCUAGAUAACACCUUUUUUGCUAAGAGUGUAGCUUUAGAUAAGCUAAGCUUGGAUUUGGAUGACAGUACAGUUUCCCAUUCUCUUCUCCAGGGAAGGUCUACUACCUCCAGCACCCCCACAAGCUCAACCUCACUGAGGCCCAGCAGGCGUGCUUCGACGACGGGGCCCAGAUAGCCAAGGUGGGCCAGCUCUACGCCGCCUGGAGGUUCAUGGGCCUGGACCGCUGUGAUGCCGGAUGGCUCGCCGACGGGAGCCUGCGCUACCCCAUCACCAACCCCAGCCGCAACUGUGGCCCCCUGGAACCAGGGGUGCGCAGCUUUGGGUUCCCCCCUCCAUACCAGAAGCAUGGGGUGUACUGCUACAGUGCAGGCAUGCCGUAA